GCUGGCCCCGCCCCCUCGCGGCACGUCUCGCGGGAUCUGGGCCGAGUCUCGCGGCGCGGGCAGGGUCGCCGCCAUCAUGUCCGGCUACUGGGACAUCCCGGAGGGCACCGACUGUCCGCGCAAGGCCUGGCUGCUCACGCGCCUCGGAGCCGGCCUGGGCUUGCUGGGUUCAGCUUACCAUCUUAUUCUGUUCCAGCCGGACACAGCCCUGCAAGCUGUUCAGAGGGCCACCACGGCAACAGUCACCAUGGCUACUUUAGGGGCCGUCUUUGGGGUGACCACGUGCCUCAGCGCGCAGCUCCGAGAUGCGCCGGACGAUCCUGUGAACUACUUCAUCGGGGGCUGCUCAUCCGGGGUCAUCCUUGGAGCCAGAGCUCACAGUUUCGGCACGGGCACGGCAGCCUGCCUCAGUCUUGGCCUCUUGGCGACGUUUACGAAAAUCGGCAAGAUGGAGGGCUGGCGCGUUUUCCCUCCAGAAGCUUCCCCUUGAAGUCCCGUCCGGUGAAGGUUGUUCUGCAUGUCCCGGCCUUGGGCACUGGCUGAGAGAGACUCACGGGGUCAGGUGGAGCAGCGGUGCCCCCUGGGCGCCUGUGUAAACAGCCUGGGCUGAUUUGUGGUCCGACUGGGCUUUGCGGUGGUGGAGACUCCCGUGCAGAUGGAGGCUCCACCACCCUCACGUCCUGCAGACAGAAGCAGCUGGGGUGGGGGGUGGGGGUGCUUCCAAGUGUGGCCCGAGCGACUGUGUAGAUUCCCAGCAGGCGGCUCCUAUCUCUUUACCAGCUGAUUCAGGUUUCUAGACCUUUAUGCUCCUGGGGCAAAAUGAUUAAAAUCUUUACAAACUA